CGUGCGCACGCCCGCGCGCCCCGAGCCGCGGAGUCUCCAGCGCCCCUGAGCAGAUCCCACUCUCCCGGGCGCUGCUACUCACACAGGCUUCCAGCCGCCACGGGGCGUCCUCUGUCUGCGGCAGCGGCGGCGGCGCGAGCGGAGGCUGCAGUCUAGCCCGGUCUGGCUGCUCGGCGCCCUGGACAGAGUCCGGCAGAAGCGCGAUCCGGAGGAGACGCCGAGGCAAGGAGGAGCCGCGCCGCGCCCGGCGCUCGCUUGCCUCGAAUCCCCGCACCGCGGCCCCAGGUCCUUGGCAGCCAGCAUGAUAAAGUAUUGACAAUACGUGGAGGAGAGAGAGAGAGAGAGGGAGAGACUGACUCACGGCGUUCAGACUGUGAGUUCCAGAAAUUGAUGACCUUGUUUGGUGAUUGGUGGUAGAAGGAAGAACAGACCCCAUGUGAGAACUAAGGAUUUGCAAAACCAGAAGCCAAAGCAGGACUGAAUCCCACAAGAGGGAUCAAGACAGGAGUGACCAGCCACUGUAAGUGAGCUGGCUCCCAAGGGGCUGAAGCAUUUGGCAUGUUGGAGCCAUCCUGUCUUCCGUGGGACUUCCUUUGAACAGCUUCCAUAAAACACUUCUCUGCAUACAUUGUUUCAAUCAAGACCGGAAAGGACAGAUAUCCAUCUUCUUCUCCACAGGCUGCUUUAAGAGUCCAAUGAUCUUCGAGGGGACCCUCCGCUCAGCUGUCAAAGCACCCCGACGCCCCAGGGUGCAUGCAGUUCAAUGGUAGAUGCAGCUGGAUUUGAUAGCGUUGCCCAGUGUCCACAGGAGCUUCGUCAGAUGAUGGCUGCAGCAGCUGAUGGUUUGGGGAGCAUAGCCCUAGAUACCGCCCAGCUCAACAUGUCCGUCACCGAUCCCACAGCCUGGGCCACAGCUAUGAAUAACUUGGGCAUGGUUCCCGUGGGGUUGCCUGGACAGCAGCUCGUGUCUGACUCAAUCUGCGUGCCGGGCUUCGAUCCAGGCCUCAACAUGAUGACUGGAAUCACCCCCAUUAACCCGAUGAUACCCGGUCUGGGGCUGGUACCACCCCCACCCCCAACGGAAGUGGCCGUCGUCAAGGAAAUAAUCCACUGCAAAAGCUGCACUCUUUUCCCUCAAAAUCCAAAUCUUCCACCUCCUUCCACAAGAGAAAGACCUCCAGGGUGUAAGACUGUGUUCGUCGGAGGAUUACCAGAAAAUGCCACGGAAGAAAUUAUUCAGGAAGUCUUUGAGCAGUGCGGAGAUAUCACAGCCAUCCGAAAGAGCAAGAAGAAUUUCUGUCACAUCCGCUUUGCAGAGGAGUUCAUGGUUGACAAAGCCAUUUACCUCUCAGGUUACCGAAUGCGAUUAGGGUCGAGCACGGAUAAAAAGGAUUCCGGCCGCCUGCACGUGGAUUUUGCUCAGGCCAGGGAUGACUUUUACGAGUGGGAAUGCAAGCAAAGGAUGCGCGCCCGGGAGGAGCGGCAUCGGCGCAAACUGGAAGAGGACAGGCUGCGGCCUCCCUCGCCGCCGGCCAUCAUGCACUACUCGGAGCACGAAGCUGCCCUGCUGGCUGACAAAUUAAAAGACGACAGCAAGUUCUCCGAGGCUAUCACGGUUCUGCUGUCCUGGAUCGAGCGUGGGGAGGUGAAUCGGCGCUCGGCAAACCAGUUCUACUCCAUGGUUCAGUCGGCCAACAGCCACGUGCGCAGGCUCAUGAAUGAAAAGGCUACCCACGAACAGGAAAUGGAGGAAGCAAAGGAGAAUUUUAAAAAUGCCUUAACGGGGAUCCUCACUCAAUUUGAGCAGAUUGUGGCCGUUUUCAACGCUUCUACCAGACAAAAAGCUUGGGACCAUUUCUCGAAAGCCCAGCGCAAGAACAUAGACAUUUGGCGAAAGCACUCUGAGGAGCUCCGGAAUGCUCAAAGCGAGCAGCUCAUGGGCAUCCGCCGUGAGGAGGAGAUGGAAAUGUCUGAUGACGAGAACUGUGACAGCCCGACUAAAAAAAUGCGAGUCGAUGAAUCAGAGGCAGACAUUGAAGACGGUGCAGGAGACCCGGCGGAUCCUGGCUUGCCUUCUGCUGCCCUGGCUGCUCAGGCCUACGCCCUCAAAGAGGAGAAUGACAGUCUCCGGUGGCAACUGGAUGCCUACAGGAAUGAGGUGGAGCUGCUGAAGCAAGAAAAAGAACAGCUCUUCCGAACAGAAGAGAACCUCACCAAGGACCAACAGCUACAGUUCCUGCAGCAAACCAUGCAAGGCAUGCAGCAGCAAUUGCUGGCCAUCCAGGAGGAGCUGAACAACAAAAAGUCGGAGCUGGAGCAGGCGAAGGAGGAGCAGUCUCACACACAAGCAUUGCUGAAAGUCCUCCAGGAGCAGUUAAAAGGUACCAAGGACUUGGUGGAGACGAACGGCCACAGCCACGAGGAUGCAAAUGAAAUCAAUGUGUUGACGGUUGCGUUGGUUAACCAGGACCGAGAGACCAACACUGAAAAAAGAAGCCAAGGUUUAAAAUCUGAGAAGGAAGCCCUGCUGAUAGGCAUCAUAUCAACGUUUCUUCAUGUCCACCCCUUUGGAGCUAAUAUAGAGUAUCUGUGGUCAUACAUGCAGCAGCUGGACUCUAAGAUAUCCGCCAAUGAAAUUGAAAUGCUCCUGAUGAGGCUACCACGGAUGUUCAAACAGGAAUUCACUGGUGUGGGAGCAACACUCGAGAAGAGAUGGAAGUUGUGUGCCUUUGAAGGAAUCAAAACAACCUAACUGACGGCCAGGAAAGCUGGAAGCGAAACCGCCUGAAGCCCGCCAGGGCUGUACAGUACGGGAGCAGGAGGGCUGGGGUCUGCCAGCGUGGGACCUGUGCAGAGCCACCAAAGCUUUGUUCAGUGACAUCUGUGGCGUUUUCAUGUGCGUGGAAAUGUAAUUGUGUACCAGUUCCUUACACUAGACCAAGCCUCACACUAUGCCAGACCUGUCCCCAUGAAUACCAAGCAAUGAUUCCACAGUCAGUGACCACAGAAUCUCAAACUAGGCCUUGCUGCAGAAUAGAGCAAAUGCUUACAGUUAAUGGCCCUGUAGCAAUGGUGGUUGCAGGCUACAGAGUUGUGUAUGUAAUGUAUAGCUGACAACAUUAAAUGGCAUUUUCCUGAUGGUCUUUCUGUUUUAGUUAAUAAAACAACAAAAACAGCAACAAAAAAGUGAUUUUACAGUGGGGGAAAAAAUCAUACCAAAAGAAAACUUGAAUAUGUGUUUGAACAGUUAUUGUAUUUUGUAAAUUAAGUUAUAUGCCGUUCCAGGGACUUUUGCCUUAUUGAAGAGGCAGAAAACUAUGAUUGGACUCCUUGAGAAUGCUUUAUCAAGGAUAUUAUUUUUCUAAUGUAACAGUUCUCCAUCGCGUAUUCUUUUCACAUGGACUGCAUAGCAAUUUUCAUAAAAUGUAAAUAGAAGGAACAACUGCUGCUGUCCUAUGCUUGGUAUGUAACAUUCAGGUUUAUGCAUUGAAAAACAUUCGGAAAAUAUUCCUGUUACAAAUUUUAUAGCAAAGAUAUUAAUUUUUUUCAAUAAAUCUUGACUUCUACCAUA